UAAACCUAUUCUUCCAAAUCACGCGAUACAGCAUAGCUGCACUGUACCCAUACAAUACCAGCACCAAUUUUCACACACAUUCCACUCCACGAGAAAAUUCUCCAUUUCACAAGCUUGCCCAAUUUCUUUCCUUCCGGAUUCAGAUCCAUUGUCGUGGGAUGGGCUUGACACAUUGUAUGAAGCGUCCGGCUGAAAUUCUAUACAACAGGCUGGUUUGGCCGCGACUACCAAAUAAAUCCAAAUGUAUCAAUAGCUUUGGAAUACGCUUUACACGAAAUUACACAUCUGAACAAGUUAACCUCAUAAAACAUCUGAGGGAAAGAACAAGUGCUCCGAUGAAGGAAGUAAAAUCUGCUCUUGUAGCUUGCGACUGGGACAUUGAGGCUGCACAGAAUGAGUUAAGGAAAAGAGGGGUUGCUCUUGCAUCAAAGAAAUUUUCUCGAACUGCUGCAGAGGGUUUUCUUGCACUGGCUCAGGAUGAAAAGAAGGCGAUUCUUGUUGAACUCAACUGUGAAACAGACUUUGUUGCCAGGAAUGAAAUAUUUCAGCAUUUGGCCUUAUGCUUGGCAAAAUCUGCUUUAGUGAUCGAAGGUUCUUCACAAGCAUCUGCAGCUAUUCCAGUCAGUCCCGAGUCUCUGGAGGAUUUAAAGAUAAACUUUGACCAUCCUAAGCUAACUGGAGAGAAAACAGUACAAAAUGCAAUUACGGAGGUGGCUGUCAUGACGGGGGAGAAUGUCAAACUUGGAGGAGGUUUUGCAAUAUCUGCGCCUUCAUAUGGUGUCAUAUCUACAUAUCUUCAUACAAGUCCCAUGCCAGGUAUAGGUCGCAUUGCUGGACUUUUAUCUCUUGAGGUAGAGGAUAAGGAUGCUCCUUUGGAUGCUGUCCAGCGUGUUGGAUCACAAAUAGCAAUGCAUUUAGUUGCUGCAAAACCAUUGUUCCUGUCAAAAGAAGAUGUUACUUCUGAUGCACUUGGCAAUGAGCGUGAUAUUCUUAGGUCUCAGGCAGAGAAAACUGGGAAGACUUUGAUGGCUAUAGAUAAAAUGGUUGAAGGUCGCCUAAGAAAGUAUUAUGAGGAAGUAGUUCUCUUGGAGCAGAAGUUUAUCGUUAACGAUUCAGUAAACAUAACGAAAGUGUUGGCGAAUCUUUCCCAGGAAAUAGGAUCCACUGUGAAGAUCAGGAACUUUCUCAGAGUUGAAGUUGGUGAAGGGGCUAAAAGGCUUGAAGAUGCCAGUGGAACAGAGCCUCUGUCUCAGACUGCUUAGAGACUAAGCAAACCCCUCCUUGAUAACUUAACGUUUAUCGGUGUCAAGAGCUUUCUAUGCUAAGUCUUUGACAUUGAGAAUACAAGACUUUUUAAUGUAUGAAUGAAUUGCCUAUGGGUUUCUAGGUGAGGUGUCUCUGACAUUGAGAACACAACUUGGAUGAACUGCAAAAUUUGUAGGAGAUAGUUAGAAGUAGAAUAAUCACUGUUUUUCUAUUUGCAUUUUCAUCCAGCAAUAGGUGAACGAGAUGAUCUGUGAUCCAAUAAACAUUGUCUUUUGUCCAAAAUAUGUGGAAAAGAAAGAGAUUUGGUUUCUCAGAA